CCUUCUCGCUUGCACUAGCUGGUUCAGAGAACAAAUAUGUGCUUGCUCUAGUGGAACGGCAGCAAGGGUUCUGCAAACGGGCUGAGACCAUAUGUCUCUGUUUCUCCUCAUGAUGCGGCUUUAUAUAUAGAUGCGAGGUACAAUUGCUUAGCUCGACGGCGUGGUGCUUGCAAUCCGAUUCUCACUCUGGAAGUUCGUCAUAUCCCUGAUCAUUGUGCCUGUCUGCCUAUCCAUCCUUGCCUUCUUGUUCCAUAGCUGUAGCUUCCAUGGCCUCGACAUCGCCGGUGGAGGAAAUGAUUGACCAGGAGGACUGGAGUCACAUCUCCGAACCGGCCUUGCGCAAACGCAUUCAGAACCGCAAUUCACAACGCAAGCUACGCGCAAAGCGCAAAUUGCAGAACCAGCCGAUCUCAUUUGACAUCAUGAGGUCCACGUCAGCUUCAGAGAUAGACCUGGACUUUUCGGGAGCGGCUGUGGCAGACGACUUCCUCUUAGACGGGCUCAUUGACCCCCUCAACCCGCUGUCUCCCUCACUAGAUCUCGACUUGAUGACGCCACAGUUGGAUGUCCACAGCUCUUCCACCCUCGACUUCAGUGCGCUAGAUAACCCCUCUUGGCCCGAAGGCCCCGAUCACGAAUACUUGGCUGCUGGGUCGGGAAGGAUCGACGAAGGGGCCUUGAUACUGGACCCUGCUCUGGUCUCCGAUGUCUCCACUCCUGGUCCCGGGGUAGCCACAAGUACGGUGGGAGCCUCCACUCAAUCCAGCAAUGACAUCCACAUCUAUAUCCAUCAUGACUGUCCAACUUCCGUGCUUCCGGAUACCGCCGAUCAGCUGCCGCUGCCGCCGUCGCCGGCCCGUCGAUCCCGCUGGAGCAGCCGCAUAUUUCACAUCCACAGUAACAACACCAACACCAACACCAACACCAACAACGCGGGCAGAGGUGAGAGCAGCUGUUCGGCCGCCCGGAAGAAACGCCGGGCCGCCCCGGCCCCACCACAGCCGGGGCCUACAGCCCAUUUCCGGGGCAUAUGCCACCAUUGUGGAUCCCUGACGGCGUUGGGGACGGGGCUGGGGCAGCCCGACUCGCCCUAUCCCAGCAGCCACAGCCACAGCCACAGGUCGGUACACAUCGCUCAGGUGGCUCGGAUUUUGUCCCACUCUCAUCCAGCUCUGGCCGAGAUGCUCAUGCAGCCCAAUGCUCACAUUGAGUAUGGAUAUCCCUGCUCUUCACCGUCAUCAUCAUCAUCAUCUUCUUCUUCUUCUUCUUCUUCUUCUUUCUCUGCGAUUACACCCCCCGUUUCCGACCGUCCACGGAAGGGUUUAUUGGGCGGGGAUGCGAGGCAGAAAAAAGGAGACACGGAGGCGGAAGUGAAGGCGGAGGCGGAGGCGGCGGAGGCGUCGGAGGCGUCGGAUGUGUCGGAUGUCCGACCACUUCAUAUCGUUAUUAAUCUUUCCCCGAGUCCUGCUGUCUAUUCCGCUUGAUUAGUUGGUACCUGUUUUGGUCUGCUCAUGUCCUGUCUUUCGUCAUCUACCACUGAGGCUACGACUGAUGCCCACCUUUGCAUUUCUCUUCAUGCUAUUCAGAGUAUAUAUUGGUACUUCAUGUUUUGUCCACGCAAGUUCUUUAAAUCAUCGUGGAAUCAUUAAAUAGACAGCCCUUAGAACAUGAACGAUGAUUACUCCUGUCAGAAUUAGUCUCUAUCUAGUGC